AUAAGCGGCAACUUGGGGCCCGAAAUGGCAGUGUCGUGUUGCCUCGCUGUGGCCGCAGAAUGGACACCUGCAGGUAUCCCCUCAGUUACCUGAUCUCUUUCCUCCUUUUCCUGUUCCAUUCAGAGAUAGCCUGCCAUCCCUCGGGGAAGAGACCUUGCAGGAUGCAAGUGUUCAGAAUCUGGGAUAUUAACCAGAAGACCUUCUACCUGAGGAACAACCAGCUGGUCGCUGGGUACUUGCAAGGAUCAAAUACUAUAUUGGAAGAGAAGUUAGAUGUGGUGCCCAUCGAGCCUCAUACCGUGUUCCUGGGGAUCCAUGGGGGGAAGCUGUGUCUGUCCUGUGUCAAGUCUGGCAAUGAGACCAGGCUCCAGCUGGAGGCAGUUAACAUCACCGACCUGAGUAAGAACAAGGAUCAAGACAAGCGUUUCACCUUCAUCCUCUCGGACAGCGGCCCCACCACCCGCUUCGAGUCUGCCGCCUGCCCCGGCUGGUUCCUCUGCACAGCACUUGAGGCCGACCGGCCCGUCAGCUUCACCAACUCCCCCGAAGAGGCUAUGACGGUCACCAAGUUCUACUUCCAGAAAGACUAGUGGUGGGCCCAGGCCGCACUUGCCCCACGCCCAGCAUAUCGAUGACUCCACAGACACCUCACCACGCUGCCCGCGGCCUCCUGGCUGUCGCGGGGGCUGGGAGGGGCAGCCUUGGUGGGGUGGGCCCUCGGAAGGAUGGCCGAGAGCCCCCGUGACAGGACUCUGUCGCCAGCCCCUCAGCUAAGUGACCUCGAUGCUGCCUCCAUGGUAGUCUUUCUAACGUGCAGCUCAAGCCACAGCCCUGCUCCAGGCCUUCGAGCGGGGCCUGUGCCUUCCGGAUGGAAGCCAGGCUGCUCGGCCAGCCGGCCCUCCGCUCUGCCCGCCAUGACUCCUUGUCCUUCUCCCUCGCCCUUCGCCUGUCCGCUUCCCAGAUCCCUCACGCCCCACGCUGCCUGCCAAACCUAGUUUUGCAAACUGAGGCUGUUCUGUGAGGAAAACUCACAGAGUCUGUGCCACAAUGGAAGACAAGGAUUUCCUUUUUCUUUUAAGCCAACUGCAUCCAGUCUGAAAGAGAGUCCUUUAUUUAGAGACUGUGGCCUUUCUGGAAAGGGGGCGGGGGAGGGGGAAAGGAGCUCUCCCUUUUGGUUUCCCUGUCUUAUAUUUGUAACACCCUAACCUGCAAAAAUGAGAAAUUAGUUUGUUAUGUUGGUCCCUAGUUUUUCUCUUUCUGUCACGUUCCUCACAUCUGGCUCCCACUGCCCAGGCCCGGCACCAUCUCCACUCCAGGCCUUGUACAGCGGCCCCCCACUUUUCCUCUCCCAGCCCGCCCAUCAGAAGCUCCCAGCUCCCAGGGUGCACAACUUUGGCUUCCCUGGGGCCAGGUCUCCUGGGAGGGAGGAAUUGCUCUUGGACUAUUUUAGCACUUCGGACACUCUGAGACUUGUUCAAGGACGGUUGUGUCCGUCUGUCUCCCAGCCCAGAGCCCCAGAUUCUGAGCUCCUGAGAGCAGGGAGCAUGACCUGGCUGUGUUUGGCCCUCGGCGUAUGCUCACUGAAUGUGUGUUAUGUGUGCAGAGUAGAAAGUCUGCUACUCCCUGUGACUGAAGCUCUGUUUUACAAUAAAAUCUUGAAAACGUA